AUGGUCGACCAACCUUCUUCACGAAGCCGGAUGAGCAGCCUCGCCCCCGUCGACCCUCUGCAGUCUGUUGACGAUCUCGUUCCCGUCCUCGACGUUCUCCGGAGUCUCCGCAGCUCAGGUCGCCGCCGGGUACACGCGCUACGGCAACUCGAGGCGACGCUCAUAUUGGCCUACGCCGGACAGGGCGUGCCUCUCGCAGACCUGCUCGAACUCAAGUGCCACGAGCCCGUCCUCGCUUUAAUGGGGCGGCACACAGCCUCACUCAUCAAACGUGGUUCUGGCACCGCUCUCCUCCCCAACGACGACUUGGCACAGCACCUGAGGCCUGAGCUCGACGUCGCCGUCAACAUCCUCCAGGGCCUCUGCCUUCUCUCCAAGUCGUGCAAGGCCACUGCCGGCCAGAUGUGGGCCAUGGAGAUGUUCAUUGACCUCGUUAUGCUCCUGCGCAGCCAGCUGUCUCCAGAGGGCAAGAAGACGACGGUUUACUUACUCCUCGAUCUUCUAUUCUGCAUCCUCAUCGACGCGCCCAACAACGCUCGCAUGUUUGAGGACUUGAACGGUCUCGAGGCCGUCAGCCGCGUGCUCCGUGGUGGCAGUGUCGAGAGGGACGUAAAGAUUAAGGCUAUGGAGUUCCUCCACUUUUACCUCCAGCCGGAGGACGGGGCAGAGCCUGCGCUGCCUUCAGGCUCCACCUCGGCUGCGGGAUUGGACACCGGCCGUUAUCAGACACCCGAGCCUCAGUCGUUCGUCACUGAAGGCCGGCGCUCCGGCUCAACGACACCCCAUGAAUCCGACCUUCCCUUCACCCCCCAGACGCCACGCAAGCCGCCCAAGCAGACGCUUGGUUUCCAGACGCCUUCUGCCCGCCGCUUCGAACGCGAUACGUCGGCAAACUCGAGCGGGACGUCGCUGGCCCCUGUUCCCCCCUCCCCGCGUAGCGAUGAUGAGUCGGACGGAUCGUUAACGAAGCGUGACUCGGCAGCGUGGCUGGACGCGCAGCGCAAGAUGGACGCCCGGGCCGACAGAGUCUCGAGCGCCAGCUCUGAAUUUAGCCAAGCGUCAAAUGUGUCCUCCAGUGGCUCGAGCUCAUCGAGCUCGACUGUCGUGCAGAAGGCCGGGCAGAUAGGGGCGAACACGAGGUCUAGACACCGUCAGAGCGUGUCAACAAGUGCGGUGCUCCCCUCCCCGGCGAUCUCGAGAAGCUCAUCCCGCUCCUCGCGCGCACCAAGCUCGGAGCUGUCGCGCGCUCCUUCCUCUGCAGGUGACAAAUCUUCCUCGGGUUUUGGUAACAAGUCGUCGGCCUCGUCCUCACUGCUUUCUAAGCCCAAGGCCACGACCCAGCACUCGCUGGACACAGACCCAGGCCUCCUCGCCCGCCGAGCGAGCCGGCCCUCCAAGUCCCCCUUAGCGCAGAGCACGACACCUGAGGAGGUCGCCCGUCGCGCUGGCCAUCUGCGCGUCCACAGCGCCGCCCCGCUCGGAACACCGAACCCGACGCGCUCGUCAUCGUCGACACCUGCUGUCCAGCGCUCCAAGGGCUUCCCGUCCGAGCUGACCAAGGGGCAUCUGCCUAACUCGUCGUCCACCGCGCUCACGCCGAGCCGCAGAGUGCUGACUGGCACUGUGGGCGAGGACGGGCAGCGUGUGCGGCCCGUCUCGGACAAGAAGCUUAUGCUUGCCGAAUAUGUCGCCAACGUCGAUCAGCUGGUUGAGGGUGCGGAGAAGAUGGGUCUCUCGACCUACAAGCCCUAUUAG